AUGGGGGCGGCGACCGGCGCGGAGAUGCGCCACAUUGAGCGUUUGCCCGAGAGCGUCGUCAACCGCAUCGCCGCAGGGGAGGUGGUGCAGCGCCCGAGUGCGGCGCUGAAGGAGCUGCUGGAGAACGCCCUGGACGCGGGGGCCGCCUUCGUCCAGGUCCUCGUGCACGACGGCGGGCUGGGGGUGCUGCAGGUGACGGACGACGGCCACGGCAUCCACCGCGAGGACCUGCCGCUGCUGUGCGAGCGCUACGCCACCAGCAAACUGCGCUCCUUUGAGGAGCUGAGCCGCAUCACCUCCUUCGGCUUCCGCGGGGAGGCGCUGAGCUCCAUCUCGUACGUCGCUAGGGUGACGGUGACGACGCUGCGGCGCGCUGGCCCCGACGGGGCCCCGCCUGGAACGCUUGCGUGGCGCUGCCACUACCUGGAUGGCGCGAUGCAGGGCGAGCCGACGCCGUGCGCCGGCAACCCCGGCACAAGCAUCCGCGUGGAGAGGAUGUUUUACAAUUCCGCCGUGCGCCGCCGCGCGCUCAACCGCCCCUCGGAAGAGUACGGCCGCAUUGUGGCCGUUGUCGCACGGUACGCCCUGGCCUUUCCGCACGUCGCGUUUUCCUGCCGCCGGGAGGAGGGUGGCGGGGCGAAGGCGGAGGUUUUCUUCCCCAGGGACUCCGCCACGCUCGCGAACAUCCGUCUCUUUCACGGCCCGGCGAUUGCCUCCCACCUGCACGAGCUGAGGUGCGUCGGGGCCAGCGCCGAGGGAUGCUCGGCGGAGGCGGUGCUGGCGGCACGAGGGAGCGCCGGCGAGGGCUGCUUCCUCAUACGCGGCUACACCAGCGGCAUGGCGCUGCUCAACCGCAGCCCGUACCUCUGCGUGUUUGUCAACAACCGGCUGGUGGAGAGCGCCGCCAUCAAGCGGGCGGUGGACACCGUCUACAGCGGCGUCCUGACGGGCGGCAACCGCCCCUUUACGGUGCUCUUCAUCACCGUCCCCCCGGACCGCGUGGACGUGAACAUACACCCCACCAAGCACGAGGUCUGCCUCCUUGACGAGGAAAUUAUAGUGGCGCAGCUCUCGGAGAAUGUCCGGCUUGCCGUGCUGGAGUCGGCCGCCCGUCGUCAGCUCGACACCCGGCACGUACUCUCCAAGGCGGCUGCCCUGUGUGACAGGGGGGCGCACUUGCCGCCGCCGUCCACUUCCGUGUGCUCCUCCUCCACCCGCGCCGUUGCUGGAGUGGCGCCGCCGCCUUGCAACGUCGUGCGGGUGGAGCCACAGCGUGGGGCGCUCGACGCCUAUUGCCGGCGCUUGCCGGCGGCGGAUGAGGACGGGGCAAGCAAGCCAUCCCUGGACGACGGCGGCGGCGGGCUGCCGCGGCCGGAGGCCCGCGGCCAGUUGUAUCUCUUGGCCGCAGGGGACUCGGCGGACGUCGUCUUCCACGCGGAGCCCCACGCCGCGCAGGCGUCGAGCGUCCGCCCGCCAGCGUGCGACGAUGUUACCGCGCCUCCUGCCACGCCGAUCGUGAAGGCUGACGCCACGACUGCCGCUGGCGGAAACACGGAGGUGUUUGCGAAUAUACUAAAGGAAGAAGCGGAGGACGAGGGCGGCGACGACGACGACGACGACGACUUGGGCUAUGUCAUGCGGCAGUUCAAGCGUCAGCGGAGGGAGAUCCAGAGGGCGGCUGGCAUGGCAACCGCCGCCGAGGAAGACGCGGAAGAAGAAGAGGACGUCGGCGGGGCGCGGGCAACGUCAGGGUUGCCUGCCGACGGAGCUGCGGCGGAGACUGUGCCAGAUGGAGCGGAGAGCUUGCUGCUUACGAGUGUGUCUACCGUUGUUUCACACAUUCUGCAGGCAACUUCCCCCACUGCCCAGUCACUUUUUGAGAAGCUGGCGUACGUGGGCGUGCUCAACGACUGCAUGUUUCUGGCGCAGGCGGGAACCACCCUCUACGCCGUGGAGACGCUGCGUCUGGUUCGUCUCGUCGUGUACCAGCGCAUAUUCAUGCGGUGGUCCGUGGCGUCACUGCCGGCGCCGCCGCAGCUGCUGCUGCAGGAGCCCGUGAAGGUGACUGACCUGCUGGGAUUUGCCCUCCAGCACGACGUUCCCCCCGGUGCAGACGUUGCUUCCGCCGAGGGCAUGCAACGCACCGUGCGCCGAAUGGACCGAUGCCUCCGUCAGUGGCGCUGCAUGCUACUGGAGUACUUUGCCAUUGAGAUCACACACGACGGUUAUCUCUUGGCGCUGCCGUUCGGCCUGAAUGCCUCGUGGCCGCCCCCUCCGCGGGUCGUGCCACUCUUUCUCUGGCGCCUGGCGGCGGAAGUGCCGUACCGUGAGGGCGAAUUGGCCUGCUUCACCGCGGUCGCCCGCCACAUUGCGGACACUCUGUACGGACUACGCCUGCACGACGCCUGGCAGGAGCCGCGCCCGGCCCCGUCACCGGGUGAUGCGGCUUCUGGCGACGGUGCGGACACGGACGACGGUGUGCCUUCCUUCGUGGACGCCAUUCGGUUUGCGCUGUUGCCGUGCGCGACGAGCCCAAAGUUUUUUUUUCCGCCGGCCGAUGCAUUGCUCGAUGGCACGCUGCAGGCAGUGGUGUCGGUGGAGGAGCUCUACAAGGUGUUCGAGCGCUGCUAG